UUAUAUUAUCUUUAAAACUCGCUGUGGUUAACUGGAACUUUUUUUGAGACACUCUCCGUAUAACCAAGUGUACGUUUCUUUUUUUAUUUACUAAGUCAUUGGUACGGAAUAAAGCAGACAAAAGAAUUGUAGCAGUUGAAUUCGAUGCGAUUUGGCAGUUGUUUACGAUGAGUAAGAAACGCAUUCGACAACCAGACGCAAACGAAGAGCUGAUCGAUGGUUCAACUGAUUCUUGUGAUGAAUCCAACACUACAGAUGAUAAAUGUCCACAUAUCACAAAAGCAGUGAAUUUCAAUAAACUUAAGAAGUAUAUUAAUAAGAUGGGGGUUAAUAAGGAAUGCCCAGGUUGUAAGAAAAAUAAAAGUAAUUCUUUUAAAACAAAUGAAGAGGAUUGUGCAGAAAGUUCUGUAGCAUUGAUUUGCUUACAAUGUGGUCACCAAGGUUGUCGAAGAGAAGACUUUGGACAUGCGUUUGAACACUAUAAGAAACCUCAUAGUGAUUGUCAUUCCAUAGCUGUAGACAUUCUUUAUUGGAGUGUUUGGUGUUAUCGGUGUGAUACAAAAAUUAAUAUUGACUGUAGGAAGAAGGUUCAAGAGCCAGUUGAAUUUAUAAAACGUGCUGCUAUGGUAAAGUGUUAUUCAAUGCAAACUAAUAGUGCAUUGUUUCACCAUCAGAAAGAGACUGUAGAAAUAGAUGUAGACAAAGGAAAAGCUUCAAAUAAUCUUCCUAAAGUUGGAGGUCUAACAAAUUUGGGAAAUACUUGUUUUUUCAAUGCAGUUCUACAAUGCUUAGCGCAGACUCCUUUCUUAGUGAAAGUUCUCAAUGAUCUUCGUCUUCCUGGACAAAAGUUUGUUCUACCAGGGGGAAAAUAUAAAUUUGCCAAUAACUCUGAAGAAGAUGAACUACCACCUAUAGAAGGUAGUCUAGACAGUUGGGGCAACUUUACUUCAGUUUUACACAAGACACUGGUUGAAAUGCAAAAUUCAAAUGGACAUCAGUCUUAUCGUCCAUCAGAAUUGUUAAAUUCGUUUAAGAAGAAAACAAUGCAAUGUAUGGAUGGAGGACAACAUGAUUCGCACGAACUUCUUAGGCAUCUCUUAGAACUAGUUAGAAACGAGGACCUUAGGAGAUACCAAAGCAUAAUUCUAAAAGAGGUUGGCUUAAAUAAAAAAACAAAUCCGGAAGAAGUAGAAAAGAGUCUGAAAUCUCGUAUAAAAUUCUAUGGCAAUCAAGCAAGUGCAAGGUUACUUGGCCCAGAACCAGUUUUUCGUGGAAUCUUAGUUUCUACAUUGGAAUGCCUUGAAUGCAAUCAUACUUCGCAGAGUACAGAGCCCUUCCUAGAUUUAAGCCUGCCAGUAAUGGCAGAUAAACCGCAACCACCAAUUUUAAAAAGGAAGCAUGGUGUUUAUGAAGAUACUUUUGACAUGCUGGGAAAUAAUGUCUCACAUACACCGUCAAAAUAUCAAACGAAGAAGGAGAAGAUAGCUGCUCGGAAAAAUCGCAAACUUAAACGACAAGACUUUCCUGACUUUGACGAUGAAACACCAGCUAACAGAAGCAACACUGUUACAGACAAUAACAGUAGUAUACUUGAAUCAGAGGAGAGCGACGCAGAUGUAGAAGACAAUGUAGAAACUGAAGCCUUUCUUCCAGAAAUCGGCGAAUCUGGUUAUAGCUCGGAAAAGCAGUCUACUCUAACAAGUCCUGCUUCUCCUUCGACUGAUCCAGUGAAAGCAGAUAAACCAAUGAACGAAAUAGUAUUAUAUAAUCGUUUACAAUUGAGUCCAAUAGACAAUCUUCCUCCAUUACAACUUCAAGACCCUUCCAAUACAAACUCAUUGCACAGUCCAAUACCGCCGGACAUUUGUAUAAAAAGUCUGCCGCAGACAGAAGUUUUGGAUAGAGUAAAUAAUUUCAAGAGUCCAGUAAAUGAAAUUGGAAUUCAGACUGGAACUCAGUCUACUACCGUAACAAUGAAUUCAGAUUUGAAAUGUCCCAAUAGUUCCACUCUCACUCUUGAAAAUAGUGAAAAUAUGGUGGAGAAUAUGGAAAGACCAACAUCUAGACUGAAUCUGGUGGAAUCUAUUGCUCAUAACGAACAGGAGAAUGCUAUUUGGAAUCAGCGAAAAGUAAGAAGAAAAGCAUUGGAAUAUUCAAAUGAGGUUUGUAAUGGAACCAAUGGUAUUUCUUAUGGAAUGUCGAAAAUGGGCCUUGGCAAUCUGGCAUCACCUACUAGAUAUACUACUAAGGAAGGAGAAUGUUCAAUACAAUCCUGUUUAAAUCAAUUCACGGCCUUAGAGCUGAUGAGUGGUAGCAAUAAAGUUAGCUGUGAAGCUUGCACAGCUGCAGAGAAAAAGGUGAAAGAAAACUGCAAAAUGGUAUGUACGCCAAGCACGAAGCAGUAUCUGAUAUCCCGAGUACCUGCGGUUUUGAUACUUCACCUUAAACGAUUUCAAGCACAACGAGUGGAUUUUCGUAAAGUAUCGAGGCACGUGUCAUUUCCAAUACUGCUUGAUCUAGCACCCAUUUGUAAGAAUCAUAAAAAAGCUAAAAUAUAUGCACUCUAUGGAGUCGUUGAGCACAGUGGAACUAUUCAUGGUGGACAUUACAUUGCAUAUGUAAAGUCACGUUUGCCAUUAACAUCAGAUGAUCCUCGAUGGUCUUUUUUGCCACCUAAAGAUGUUCAAGAGACUGAAGAAGGUUCGCUUUCUCAGAGUUCAGAUUCUGAAAGCGAAGAAGGUGCAGCAAGUCUUGCAACUACAAUGGAACCUCCACCAGGGAAGUGGUAUUGCGUUUCUGAUUCUAGAGUAACAGAAGUGGACGAAACAACUGUACUGCAAAGUCAAGCUUACCUUCUCUUUUAUGAAAGAAUUCUUUGA